UUUCAGGACCAAGUGAGCGUGUCCCAGUUUUCUGAUCGUCGCUCAGCCAUAGGGUUUGGGCUGAGGCUGAGGCUGGACUGCCUCACCCAGGAUGGAGAGCCUGACUUUCAGACGCUCUCCGCUUUCCUCCGGCCUUCCUCUUCUCAGCUGUAGACUGCUGGUUCUCUGAGAACAGGAGGAGGCACUGGCCCAGAUAACCUACAGAUGUGACCUUUCAGGUGCACUUGAUUUGCCUAGCUGGGUAGAGGAUUUCGGAGGCAGUGAGCUCAGGUGAGGAGCAGCACAAGGGUGUCCGUGGACACUCUUUGGCUGCGUCAACCUCCAGGCCGGGGGUGAAAGGAGGCUGGCUGGAACGUGCCCUGCCGCAAGCCGGGCAAGGAUGAGGCGUUUCCUGAGCAGAAAGGGUCGCUUCUCCCUGCGCCAGAGCAAAUCUGGGACCCGGAGUGCCUCCAAAGAUUUCUACCUCGGCCUACCAGCCACCAACCAGAACUGGCCUGAGGCGUUUGGCUUCCGACUGGGUGGCACUGGGCCCAGCUACAUCCUGUCCGUGGUGGAGGGCAGUAGCGCCUACCUAGCUGGCUUGCAGCCCGGGGACCAGGUGGUGGAUAUCGAGGGCCAGGACGUGACCAACCUCAGCACACCGGCACUGAUCGCUCUGGCUCAGACCCUCAAGACGGUGCCUCCAAGCAUCGGAGUGGUGUCAAGGAUUGAACAGAUUGACAUCACUCCCGGCCCUGAUGGCCGCUUUGGCUUCACCAUCGUUGGAGACAGCCCUUUGAUGGUGGAGGACUGCAUGCCCAACGGUCCGGCCGGUCGCAGUGGCCUCAAGGCAGGAGACUACGUCAUGGAGGUCAACGGCAUCCCAGUGAAACAUCAUGAAACGGCGGCAGCCAUGAUCAAAGCGGCUCAGGGUCGGCCUCUGCGCCUUGGCGUGCUCAGUAUGGCCCGGCGGCCCAAGCGGCUGAGCAGCAGCAUGAGAGUGUUAUCACAGAGUGGGGACAGUGUCAGGGAGAGUCGUGCCCACAAGGCCAUGGAGUUCAAUAAAAAAGUGGAGGAAGUGCUAGGGGAGGAGCCAGAUAUAAAGGAACAGUUGUUUGAGGUGCUCAAGCAGUACGCUGCUGAGAGGGACGUGGAGAAUCUGGCUGAGGCCCUGCCCGACAUCUUGAUCACGGAGGAUCAUCAGCAGCUGAUUGACAGUGUCAGGAUCUUCAUUCCCAAGAAACACCGGGAACGUUUUGACGAGGUGGUUAACCAGAGCUUGAUGAGCCGGCUCAAAGGGAGGAGCUUCAGUGACCCUAGCCGUAACCACCUUCGUCGCAGCCGGAGUGAGGACCACCCUGAACGCCUCCUGGUCUCCACCCGUGCCAGUUCAGUGCCACGCACCCACGCAGAGGAAGGCGUGGUCCCCCCAGCCCGUGGCAUGCGCAAGACCACCUCUCUCAUAGCUGGGCACUCCAGUGGCACCACCACCAACUGCAGGACAGUAAGAGUAUGUAAGGGAAACAUGAGUUUUGGCUUCACUCUUAGAGGCCAUGCUCCGGUGUGGAUCGACUCUGUCAUACCCGGGAGUCCAGCCGACAAAGCAGGUCUAAAGCCAGGAGACCGCAUCCUGUUUCUCAAUGGACUGGACAUGAGAACCUCCUCCCAUGAGAAGGUGGUGUCCAUGCUCCAGGGCAGUGGUGCCAUGCCCACUCUGGUAGUGGAGGAUGGUCCGCCUACUUUCACCCUAUCAGAGCAGGACAUCGCUGGCGGUGGGAUUCCCACAGAACGUGCCCGCUCCCCUGUGCUCAGCUCCCUGCAGUGGGUGGCAGAGAUUCUGCCUCCCAGUAUCCGGGUUCACGGACGCACGUUCGGACAGCAGCUGGAGCACCUGCUGACCAUCCAGGAGAGGUACACCAUCUGCAAGGCUCUGGAAAACUUCUUCCAGCACAGGAAUGUUGACACUCUGAUCGUGGAUGUGUUCCCGGUGCUGGAUACUCCAGCCAAACAGGUGAUCUGGCAGUUUGUUUAUCAGCUACUGACGUACGAGGAGCAGGAACACUGCCAGAGCAAGAUCUCACGCUUUCUUGGAUACAAAUCACCAGUUCCACCACCACCACCACCUCCUCCCCCUCCUCCGGAGCCUGAGGUUGCCCCUGAGCCCCAUCGACGUAGCAGCUCCAUGAGGGUGACAGGGACCACGUACAGGAGCAGUGUGAGGGGACGUAGCUCUGAUGACCUGGUCAUUGGCACACACUUGGGCAUGGGCCUCCGUGCAGAGCCAAUGCUGGAGACAGGGAUGAGGUUGGCCCCAGGAGAGAGACAAUCAGGAGAUGGUACUUCCCUUCCUGAGACUCCCAACAACCUCACCAAUCUGUCAGCAGUGUACGCUGAACUGGAGAACAUGUAUUCAACAAAGAGGUCGAAGUCUCUGAAGAGUCGUCCUCCUCCUGCCCCUGAGAGUUUGCUGGAUGUGGAUCCACCCUCGCGCACAGCUUCCCCUACAAUACAUGCUAACACAGGUAGCCGUAAAGGCCCCCCACCACCUACAUCCUGGCCGGAGCCUCUCCCCAGCCCCCCUCCAGCCCAAUUUUAUCCAUCAGGGCUGACAAGCCAGACCAGUGGGGAGUCUAACCCUUACAUCAGCCUGGACAGCCCCCCUCCGUCACCUCCAGAACCCCCUGACUACCCAUCAAGUCCCCCAACCCACCGUAGCAGCAAGCGGCGCUACACUUUCUCUAAACCACCACGCUCAGAAGACACAGAUCGCUUCCUGGAUGCACUGAGCGAGCAGCUGGGACAGAGGGUCGCCAUCAUUGAUGACUUCCUGACUCCUGAGAAUGACUAUGAGGAGGAUAUUGUGCAGAUGGGCUUCCCAGAUGAGGAGGAUGAGGAUAAUGAUGAGGAGUUGGGGGUGGACGAAGAUGAAAAUGGUGGAUUUGUGGCUCCAGAGCUCAGCAGCCCGAGUGAUGUUCAAAGUAGCAGUGGAGAAGAGAACGCUUCCUCCCUCACUUACUCUUCGUCGUCCGACCACAUUCCUCCACCUCCAAUGACACCUCCGCCACCCCCGCCUGUUCAGUUUAAUGACCCACCGCCGCCUCCUCCAGCACCUGCACAGAGUCAGCAGCAACAGCAGCAACAGCAACAGCAACAGCAGCAGCAGCAGCAACAGCAACAACAACAACAGCAGCAGCAGCAACAACAACUUGCCUACACCCCUGAACACUCCCCAAGAACAUAUGUGCCCAUCCGCCGGAAAUCUGGUCCGCCUCCCCCACCUCCACCCCGUAGUAAUCCACCACCAAAAAGGCACUCCUUACAUAAAGUGCUGCCUACUAGAGAGGACCUGCAGGUCCACGCUACUAUACAAGAGCUAAAAGCCUACCAGGAACAACAAGUCUACCAAGAAAGACAAGCCUACGAGGACCAACAAGCAUUCAAAGAGAGGCAGGCGUUUGAGGAACAGAAAGCCUAUGAAGAGCAACAACUGUUCCAAGAGCAGCAGGCUUACAAGGAACAACAGGCCUAUCAGGAGAAACUUUUCAAAGAGAGACAGGUUUAUGAAGAGCAGAAGGCCUAUGAGGAGCAAAAAGCUUUUGAAGAGCAACAAAUGUACAAGGAGCAGCAAGCCUUCCAAGAAAGACAAGCAUAUGAACAGCGUCAAGCCUACCAAGAACAAAAAGCUUAUGAACAGCGUCAAGCCUACAAGGAGCAAAAAGCAUUUGAGGAGCUUCAAGCCUACCAGGAGCAAAAAGCUUAUGAAGAGCGCAAAGCUUAUGAGGAACAAAAAGCUUACGAAGAGCGUAAAGCCUAUGAGGAACAAAAAGCUUACGAAGAGCGUAAAGCCUAUGAGGAGCAACAGAUGCAACAGAUCUACCAGAGCCACCACUCAAUGCCUACCCAGCCAACGCAGCAGAAAGCCCACUCACCACUGCCUCUCCAACAACUCCACCAGUCCUUACCUCCACUCCCCUCUCCCUCAGACUCCUCACAUCACCACGCUAACCAUCCUCUGUAUUUGAUGCGCCAAGCACAGCAGCAACAGGCCCACCAGAGUCAUCACCAUCGACGCCAGUCCCGUUCAGCCCCAUCUCCACACCAGCCAUCACCGCAACCAACUGCCCACCCCAGCCAACAAGGUCAGUACUCUGAGGGCAUCUACCAAAGUCAUCAGGGCGUAAGACCCCAACCCCACCAUUCUUCUGCGGAGAUGCUCCAUCAGAUGCACCAAGCCCCAGCCCAUCACUCCUCUGCAGAGAUGCUCCACCAGUUGCAACAAUCCCAGGCCCACCACGCAUCUGCGGAGAUGCUACAGCAGAUGCAACAAGCCCAUGCCCACUACUCAUCAUCAGAAAUGCUCAACCAGGUACACAAAACCAAGGCCCACCAUUCUUCAACAGAGGUUCUGCAACAAGCUCACCAGAUACAGCAAAUGCAGCCCCACCACUCCUCAACUGAACUUCUCCAUCAAGCUCACCAGAUGCAUCGGGGACAAGCACACCAUUCAUCCACUGAGCUACUCCAUCAAGUGCACAAACCCCAGCCCCACCACUCCUCCACAGAGCUGCUCCAUCAAACUCAUCAGAGUCACCAAACUAAGCCCCAUCACUCUUCCACAGAGCUUCUGCAUCAAGCCCAGCAAGACCCUGCCUCUCUCCCUGUUCAGCUAAACCGAGACAGCCACUCCCAUCAGAGUCGGAGAAGUCUUAAAGGUCAUCAUCAGACCCAAGUGUCACCACAAGGGAGACUCCCAGAGCAACAGAUCCACCAAACCCAUCAUCCACAGCCCACCAAACCCUCUCCCCAAAGACCCCACUCCAUCCAGCAGACCCACCACCACUCCAGCACACCUCAGAUCCACCACAUCCACCACAUGACCCCACAGCCCCCUCCGCAAGACUUCCAACACCAGAUUCACGUCAUCCACCCUCCUCAGCAGCCCCACAGGCCUCAGCCUCUUCUCUCCACCUUUCAGCCCCUCCAGCCACACCAGCCCACCCUCUCCACUUUCCAGCCUCUGCCCCAACACCACCAAUCCCAGCACCAAGUCCAGUCCUCCACUCAAGCCACCCGUCCGCAAUCCCAGCCCUCACAUCAUCUACUGCAGUCGCCACACCCACCGCAAACUCAGUCCCACCAUAAGCAAUCACAAGGCCAGCCCCAGUCCCUCCCCCACUCUCUAUCUGACCCCACAGAGCAUCUAGAGCCCCCGCCACCUCCACCACUACCACCACCCUGCUCCCCACCACCCCUGCCCAGGCCAUCGCUCUCCAGGAUGGACUCCAACCACAUGAGUGUGAAGAGGUUGCGCUGGGAGCAGGUGGAAAACUCAGAGGGAACUAUCUGGGGACAGUUGGGGGCCAAUUCUGACUAUGAAAAACUGCAUGACAUGGUGAAGUAUCUGGAUCUGGAGCUGCACUUUGGGACACAGAAGAGCUCCAUGCCAGUGCCAGAGCCUUCCCCCCAACCAGAAACCUUCAAGAAGAAAGAUGUGAUUGAAAUUCUGUCCCAUAAGAAGGCCUAUAAUGCCUCCAUCCUGAUAGCUCACCUGAAGCUGUCUCCCGGGGAGCUGCGUCAGGUGCUGAUGAACAUGGCCACUGAUAGGCUAGAGCCACCCCACAUUAAACAGCUGCUGCUCUAUGCCCCCGAUGCAGAGGAGGUGAAAAAGUACGAAGAGUACAGAGAGGACCCCAGCAAACUCAGUGAGCCAGACCAGUUUGUGUUGCAGAUGUUAUCAGUACCAGAGUACAAGACCCGCCUGCAGUGUCUCCUCUUCAAGUGUUCUCUGCAGGAGAAGACGGAGGAGUUAAAGGGAUCGUACGAAUGCCUCUACAAGGCUUCAUUGGAGCUGAAGACCAGCAAGAAGCUGGCUAAGAUACUAGAGUUUGUGUUGGCGAUGGGGAACUACUUGAAUAACAGUCAGCCUAAAACCAGCAAGACAACAGGUUUCAAGAUCAACUUCCUUACAGAGUUGAGCACAACUAAAACAGUGGAUGGGAAAUCAACAUUUCUACAUAUUCUGGUUAAGUCGUUAUGUCAACACUUUCCUGAUGUGUUGGAUUUCUCUAAAGAUUUAACCAUGGUUCCUCUUGCAGCCAAAGUAAACCAGAGGACCAUUACAUCAGAUCUGAAUGACCUUCAUACAACUAUCCAGGACAUUCGCACAGCCUGUCAGAAGAUGCCCGCUACUUCUGAGGAUCGUUUUGCUGUCGUCAUGAGUAACUUCCUGGAAAACAGCCAUCCAGCAGUCCAGUCUCUGGAGUCCCUGCAACAGAGAGCUAUGGAAGAAUUCAGCAAAACUGCCUCUUACUUCGGAGAAGACGGAAAAGCAACAAACACUGAGGCCUUCUUUGGUAUCUUUUCUGAGUUCAUGGCAAAGUUUGAGAGAGCUCUCAGUGAGCGGCAAGCUGCAGAAAGUCUGAAGAGCCCCAGAAGUCCACGAAUGGCCUCUCCACUGGCCUGGUAACACACACACACAAACACAAACACACACACAUAUGGAGAUGACUACACAGUAUAUACACAUGUAAACAUGGAUGGACAUAAGGUAUGCAAAAGUAUACUGUCACAAGCACACAAACACACCACUCGAUUCAUAAUUUUGAGCAAAAAGAUUUAAUGUAUUAUUGAGUUUUUGAUCAAAUUUAAGGAGGGAGAAAUUUUUGCAUCAAAGAUGGAUUUUAGCUUUAUACCAGUGGUAUAGUAUAUGCUAUCAAAAGUCUAAAACUUAAAUGGCUACUUAAAGUCUACUACAUAGAAAACAACCUUGUUUGGCCGUCAAGGUAUCUCUACUAUUUGAAAGAUAGUUACUCAGUAACAUCCAAUAGUUUAAGUUUCCUUUCUCUAAGCCUGAGUUCAGGUCACCUCUGUAAGUGUUAUUACAGUUCUACAGUCAAAUCUUUGUGAUAUAUCCAUGAAUAAGACAUAGAUUUACAAAAAAUACACUUUAUUCUGAAAUAGAUAUUUAAUUAAAAGACAUUCACAUUCACUUGGUGGUUUGGAAGAAACCAUAAAAGCAGUUUUCCUGUUAGUGUUCUGUAUUUUUGUAAACCACCCACCACACUGAAUGUAACAUAAAUUCUUUACUGACUAAGUGUUGCUUUUUUUCUCAAUUAAAUACUCAGCUGUCCUGAUUACAGAUUGUUUCAUUUCCUGCGUUGUAUCUGUCAGCGUUUUUUUAUUUUUUAUUUUCCAAAGUCCUACCAUCAGUUAUAAACAUAUAAUUGCUUUUUCUCCAAAAUGUUGUUGCUCUUGUAUGAUAUUUAACUUCUAACGCUAUAAACUUGUAUAUAUGAGACAACGUCAGUGGGAAGUUGGCACUUACUACUUGUUUUUAUAAAAGACAAUUUUAACUGUUAUGAAGAUAAUUUUUAACCAGUCUAAAGUCAUGAACACACUAAUUACAGAGAGUGGAAGUGGGAUCAUGCGGCGACUACAGCGGGCAGUGUGCAAUAUGUGAAUGUUUAGCUGUGUUCCACUGUUAGAUAUUAUACUCUUUAAACUAUAUAAGAGAGAUAUAUUGUGUUUGUAUUGUACAGAAUGAAAGUGGGUGUAAAGAAGACAGGUACAGUCGCCGCAAUAUACUGUACGGAGCACUUUGUUCAUGUAUCCCCCAAAUAUUUCUUUUGUUGAUUGUGUCAUUUAAAGUUUUACAGUGACAGAAAUGUCAUUAAGUUUAGUGUAGCUGAUGCAGCAUCAUUUUCAAACAAAUUAAUGAAACAGCUUCUCAGCGCUCUGUAAAACAUAAAGCUUAGUCUGCGGGUGAUGUUUUUAAAUGGUAAGGCUUAUAAGAAUAAUGUGUGCAGCUCGUAAAAAAAAAAACCCUCUGUUUUCUAAUUUCUCUCUGCUUAAAUUAUAGAAUGUAAACCUCUAAAACAUUGCUGUCCAUAUAAGGCCUAUAAAGUGUUAAGUCUGUGUUUUAUAUUGUAUCCUAACAAUGCUGACAACUAUAAAGAGUGGUAUUAAAUCUACUUUUGCCUGGA